AUGGCUGAAUUCACACAGACAAUGAAUGGGCUCUCUACAGCUGCGCAGGAACAGGAGACGAAACAGAACAUCGGAAAAAUAACCUGCCUUAAGAUCUUCCUACUUUGCCUCGUUAUGUUCAGCCUCGUCGCGGUAGUGGCCGGGCUGUCGAUCUAUGUGUCACAGAUUCGUCAGUCUAAGGAAACCUGUCACCGAAACUACAAUGAGUUAAACUCAACCCUUCAAACCAAGCUUUCUGCGCUCAACUCAAAUCUGUCCGUUUUUAAACGAAAGCACAGCGAUAUCCAUCACCAGUUCACUGAGAUGGAAACGAAGUACAGAUCUGUCAUCGAAAGCAAGGCUCGAAUCUGUAAUUUUUGGACUAGCAGCAGAGAGCAAACGUGUUCCAAGGACUGGGUCACAAAUACAGACCGGUGUUAUUACGUAUCCACGUUUGAAACUUCAUUCCCAAGAGCAAUGAAUACCGUCCAUGGUCUGAUGUACAAGGUGACCUCCGGAAGUUCCUCCUGCAGUGAAUGCACUUCGAGUGGAGGGAGUGACUAUUGCCUUCAUGAUAAGCACCAUUUCAUCUGCGAGAAGUCCGCCCCCUGCUGUCCGGAUAUUCCUGAAAAGAUCCAGGUUCUCUGUCAACAGCCCGGAGAGCCGACUAGAAUCAAAUGA